AUGCUUGUGCACUCCCCAGCUUCGCCUCCGCACAUUCCAUUGAAUGUGCCACCGCGCAUUCCUCUCUGUCGUCCACUCACACUCCCCUCCCUCCGCGCGCUACCCUCGUUCGCCCACGCACACUCCCCACCUGCCCCCGCGCAUUCCCCUCUGUCGCGCACGCACACUCCCCUCGUCCGCCCCCGCGCACUCCCCUCGUCCGCCCUCGCGCACUCCCCUCCCCCCGCGCACUGCCCUCCUUCGCGCACACACCCACGCACAUUCCCCUCGUCCACCUCCGCGCACUGCCCUCUUUCGCCCCUUGCACACUCCCCUCGUCCACCCCCGCGCACUCCCCUCGUCCGCCCUCGCGCACUCCCGUCCCCCCGCGCACUGCCCUCUUUCGCGCACGCACCCACGCACACUCCCCUCGUCCACCUCCGCGCACAGCCCUCUUUCGCCCCUUGCUCACUCCCCUCGUCCGCCCCCGCGCACUCCCCUCGUCCGCCCUCGCGCACUCCCCUCCCCCCGCGCACUGCCCUCUUUCGCGCACGCACCCACGCACACUCCCCUCGUCCACCUCCGCGCACAGCCCUCUUUCGCCCCUUGCUCACUCCCCUCGUCCGCCCCCGCGCACUCCCCUCGUCCGCCCUCGCGCACUCCCGUCCCCCCGCGCACUGCCCUCUUUCGCGCACGCACCCACGCACACUCCCCUCUUCCGCCCACGCUCACUUCCCGUCGGUCACGCCCCGCAUCCCUCCGUCGCACACGCUCCCUCCAAGAAGUCGCCCACUCUCACUCCCCUGCGUCACCUCUCCGUCUCUGCCCUACAUCCAUCUCCCCCGUAUCCCCUCUCUGCCUUACUCCCGACCUCCCCCUGCCCCCCUCUCCCCCUGCCCCCGUCUUUGCCUUACACCCUUCCUCCCCCUGCCCCCCUCUCUCCCUGACGCCGUUCUCCCCCUUCUUUUCCUCUUCCAUACGCCCUUCUUCCCCCUUCCCCCUCUCUGCCUUUCGCCCGUAUUCCCCCCUUGCGCCACUCUGCCUUCGGGACCCUGCUUCCACCUUUUCCCUAUCUCCCUUCCCUCCAACUCCUCCCUUCCCCAGGCUGGCCUCCACCCGUCUUCACCCACUCCCCACUCUUCCUACCAGCAGUCUGCUCCCCUUACCCUCACUGGCAUACACCCCACUUCCAACUCUGAACUUUCUGCCUUGCGCCCUUCUACCCCCCGUUCCCUCUCCUCCCUACACACUUCUGCCCCCUCACACCUCUCUGCCGUAUACCUUCGGCCCCCUUUCCCUCACAUCCCCCCACCCUUCUUCCCCCACUACCAUAUCUGCAUUGAACCCUUCUUCCCCUUCUUCCCUUACUCCCCUCGCAAAAAGCCCCCCAACUACCUUGUUCCACGCACACUCCAUUAG